AUGACUGAAGUUGACUCAAAGCUAAAAGAAGCUAGUAUGGGGCAAAUCGACGACUACUAUCGUUUCAACCUGCAAAACAUGAACAAUAAUAUCGCCUUAAGCUUUCAAGACGGCACCAGCUUUGCGCUUCUGAAUGGCCAUAUCAGCGCAGGUUUACUACCAGUAGUAGACUCUCCAGUGAUACAACUGGAUGCUUUGGGGUCACUGCGAUCCAGCAGAGAAAGACUGGGUAUGGCGAAGAAAGCUACCGAUGCAACAGUGCGUAUAGAAAUCAACGUCUAUGGCCCUUCAUCACAUCUCAAGUAUGUUGGUGAUCAAUUUUCGAAGAGCAAAGUGUUUUUACAACGCCCCGAUAGAACCAGGCCAGGAUUACAGUAUCAGAAUCCCCAAUGGUUGUCAUUCGCAAGCCUUGAAGCUCCUAUAAUUGAACACAGGGCAAUCGUCGAUUCUCGCAGUGGGCAGCUUUCCAGAGACCAAUCUGACUUUCAGAAAUCGAUAACGAAUGUUUAUGCAAAACUCACAAGGGGUGCACAUUUGGACAGAAUAGAUGGUGACCGUCGUUUGACCACCAACUUGCUUCCACAUCAAGAAGAGGCACUUGGCUUUAUGCUGCAGCGCGAGAGUGGGCCAAUUUCUUCGGAAUAUUGUCUUUGGAAGUCUAUCCCCGAGGAACCAGGCUGGUUCCGCCACGCUGUUACGAAUGUCAAGUCUAGGACCCCUAGCUCAGAGAUUGGAGGCGGAAUUCUGGCCGACGAGAUGGGUAUGGGGAAAUCGCUGUCCGUACUUGCGCUGAUUACCAAAACCAUCGGGAGCUCGCAAGAAUGGGGAUGUGGGGAGAACCCCGAGGAGGAAGACAACAUUAAUCUGCAACGAAACCCAAUUCGAGCUACCCUUGUAUUGGUCCCAUCUGCGGUACUGAUCAACGAAUGGUUGAAUGAGAUCAGAAA